AUGGAAGUGGUUCAUCAUUGCUGCAAAGCAUCCAAAGUUUCACCACAAGGAGGAGAUGAUUUUAUUAGCAGCAUGCCAGAGAAUGUGAUUGCUAAUAUUAUGGAUCGUUUGCCGUUAACAGAUGCAGUGGGGACCAGUGUUUUGUCACCAGCUUGGAGGUUUAAUUGGACCCUUCUUACCCAACUCAUACUUGACGAUGACGUCGUUGAUAGUUUACCUGAAGACUUUAAUAAAAGCGAUAUAAGUAGACUUCUCCUUCAUCUUAAACAAGUUACAAAAUUUUGCCUCACUAUAACCAGCAACAUCAAAUUAGAUGAUGCAGAUAUGUAUCAUUGGCUUAUGUUCCUGUCCAGAAUACGAGGAUUUAAGGAACUCACUUUAUAUAAUGCCCGUCCAACACCACUUAAGUUGCCUACCCAUCUUUUCUCGUGUUUAGACUUGAAGCAUUUGGAGCUUUGUGACUGUGUUUUGUCUCCCUCCCCUUAUUUUCGUGGUUUUCCAAAGCUAUUGACCUUAGAGUUGGAUGAUGUAAGUAUUCCAGAACACAAGUAUGGGGAAUUUAUUGCCCGGUGUCCCUUACUUGAGACCCUCAAAAUUUGGAAUAGGGACCUUAUCGGGGAAGUGAAAUUGGUUGAGAUUGCGAAACUCAAAAAUCUCAAGGUGGUACGUUUGUCAUCGUGUUUGCUUGACAUUCAUAUAAAUAUGGUCAGACUCUCCACUGUCUUCCAUCGUAUGUCUCUUCUCCCAAAACUUCUGGACCUGAAUUUAAGUUUGAAAAACUGUGAGUUCUUGUUGGAAGAUGUUGCUCAAACUGCAUUCUCCUCCACCUUUCCUUUCCUCAAGUCUCUUGGAUUAUACCACAUGGAUUUUAGUAGUGUCUCCAUGUUAUCAUGUGCUUUUGCAAUGAUUUUUGGCUGCCCAAAUUUGCAAGCCCUUUCUAUCUAUGCUAUGUACAAGAAUGUUAUCCCACUACCUACCAUAUUUCCUUCAGAGGUAGACUGCAGCACGACGGGGAAGCUGCAGCUUCAGAAGGUGACUUUAGUAUGGAUAAAAGGUUUGGAAAAUGAAGUUUGUUUGAUUAAGUACAUACUGGCUUGUUCCCCUAAGCUAAAGAGCAUUGAAAUUCAACUCGACUCGUCCAUAGCAAGCAAUGUCAACGACAAGUAUAAGCUUGCUAACAAGUUGCUGAAGCUCCAUCGAACGUCUCCAAUAGCUGAAGUAGUUAUCCUCUAGUUUGUUGGUGUAUUCAUGAACUAAUUUUACAUUUCCUGUUGUUUUGUAUUGAUUUUGUGACUUCUGCGCAUGACGUGCCUUUUCCAUCUACUUGUCUAUUUCAGCAAAACUUCUGUUUUGAUUUUCGGAUACAUCUUAAGUUAAUUUUCGGAUACACCUUAAUUUUAUAUUUCCAGUUGUUUUCUAUUGAU